AUGGCAAGUCUUUGCCGAAAACUAAAACUUUUGUCAUCAUUGCAGGGAAUUUUAGAAGUUGUAAAUAUUACAAGCCACUUUCAAAGACAUAAACAAAAUUUGGAAAAAAUUCGUGCUCUCUUAGUAGAUCCAACUGAUCGAAUUUGCUAUGAAAAGAAUAUUUGGAAUCUUGGUAUUAUUGAUAAUGUGGAUUUUAAAGAAACUACAUUUGGUUAUGGAAACAUUUUUGACGCUAUUAGAGAAAAUGCUACAUUACGGAUACUCUUUCAAUACCAACUACCUAAUGAAUUAUCUGAAAUUAUUGAAAUACAAGACAAAAAUAAGCAAAAACUUUUUGGGCAAAAUAAUUUUUCACAACAAACAUUCAAUAUUUUUAAUUCAGUUUUUGAACAAUUACUUACGUUUAAUGAAAAUCUCACUCCUAAUUAUCGUUCAGAUUUUAAUGAAAAUGAUAUACGUAAUCAAAUUAUGACACAUUUUGAAGGAAGUUUUAAUCUUCCGCCUCCCAAUGUUAUAAUUCUUGAUGCUGAAAAUCCACCAUCAAGUGAUUCCGCCGUGCAUAAAUAUCUAGAAAUGUAUAAAAAUGAAAUUGGUAUGGAAAAUAAUGAAUAUAUUAAUGUAGUUGCAGAUGAAGCUAUUUUUAGACGAGGUAUUAGUUAUUGUAAAACAAAUCAAAAAACAAAAAUGAUCCUUGGACAAUGGCAUACCAAUAAGGAUAUGAUGAUGGCAUUAAUUACAAUUUUUUCUGGUUACGGAAUAUUCAAUAUGGCAGGAAUAUUAGGUAUACGAUUUCUAGAUAAAUUAGAGAAAGGUGUAGAUUUCAGAGCAACUUCAAGAGUAUUGGAAUUGAUUUGGAUUUCCGUAGGAAUAGCAAUUCAUAUAUAUGUAAAAAAGAAAAAACAGACAUUAGAUAAUAUUUUAAAAGAAGAAAAUAAUUGUGUAAAAGUUUGGUAUUUAUAUUUUCAAUGGGCUAGUUAUUGGCGUGCACAUUGGUUUGGUAUUAGAUGGGAAUAUUUGAUUUACAACAUGAAAGUUUAA